AUGACAGCCAAAAUUGCGGAUAAACUGCCAGGGUCGCUGAGUGAUUUCGUGCGCUCCAUUCCUGAGAAUAUUUACUCUAUAGAUGAAAUCUCUACAUCAAUACCAUCCGUGUUUCCGAAUGUAGAAGCUGGAAGACUUUCCGAUCAGUUCAGUGCUGGUGUUACAGGAGAUGGAUUCAUUAGCGGCACAUUAAACGUGGAAAAACGGGAUCUCGACUUGUCAUACCCAAGCAGCUUCACGCAACGCAAUCCACCUUUCGCCUACACUGGAAAAUUUUCAAUCGACUCGCAGUGCGCAGGGGGGACCUGGAACCCAGAGGGCGUCAUAAACGUGGUUAGUGCUGGCGUACUGGGCACAAAGCCUCCAUCCCCGGGAUCAGUAUCCCCGGACUCCCCAGGUCCAGCAAACCUCUCUGGAGUUCCAAUCUGUCCCACACCGCAAGUUCAAGGCGAAAUGGAGCACAUGUACAACGCACCUCCACCAUACACCUGCAGCGCAGAGGUUUACCAGGACCCGUCUGCUUUCCUGUCAACUACUACCUGCCCAAUAACGUAUCCUCCACCAUCCUAUUCAUCUCCAAAGCCUACCAUAGAUAGUGCGCUUUUCUCUAUUAUACCAGAAUACGGAGGUUUUUACCAGACCAAUAGCCAGAGGGACAUGCAGGGUUUCCCUGACAGAAAGCCGUUCCCGUGCUCAUUAGAAUCAAUACGAGUCCCGCCACCUUUGACUCCUUUGAACACUAUACGAAAUUUUACACUAGCAGCUCCAGUUACAGAAGGGCCGCGACCACCUACAGAUUUCAGCCCCCAAAAUUUGCCACUAAGACCGAUACUUCGACCAAGAAAGUACCCAAACCGACCGACCAAGACGCCUGUCCAUGAAAGGCCAUAUCCUUGCCCCGCAGAAGGAUGUGAUCGCAGAUUCUCCCGAUCGGACGAGCUUACGCGACACAUUCGCAUCCACACAGGGCACAAACCGUUUCAGUGUCGUAUCUGCAUGCGUAAUUUCAGCCGAAGUGACCAUCUAACCACACACAUCCGUACGCACACAGGAGAAAAGCCUUUUUCGUGCGAUUACUGCGGCAGAAAGUUUGCAAGGAGCGACGAGCGAAGGAGGCACACUAAAAUUCACCUUAGACAAAAGGAGAAAAAGGCUUCUGUCAUGGACGCGAGUGCGGCUGCAGCAGCAUCGGCAAUGUAA